UAUAUUCUACUUUUCAAAAGGAAGAUUCUUUAGCAAGCCAUGUUCUAGUCUACUUCAUUCGAGGUAUUGCUUCUGACUUAAAGUUUGCUUUAUGUCACUUUGCUACUAAAGGUCUCACCUCGUUUCAACUAAUGCCAACUUUCUGGGAAGCAGUUGGAGUUUUAGAACUGACAUGUAAAUUAUAUGUUAUAGCUGCAGUAUCGGAUGGUGCAGCACCAAACAGAAAGUUCUAUCGAAUGCAUAGUAUGUUUGAUGACAAAUUAGAUUGUAAUGUUGUUCGUCGAUGCAUUAAUAUUUAUGCCCCUGAACGGUACUUAUGGUUUUUUGCUGAUGCUCCCCAUCUCAUCAAAACAGCAAGGAACUGUUUAUAUCACUCAGGGGAUGGAAGGGGUACACGAAGUCUUUGGAAUGAUGGACAACAAUUGAUUUGGUACCAUAUCACAAGAAUAGUCAAUGACGAAAUGAAAAAUGGGUUAAAAAUUAUACCAAAGUUAACACAGGAUCAUAUUAAACUUAGUGCUUAUUCUGUUAUGAAUGUAAGACUUGCAGCCCAGGUUUUAAGUAGUAGUGUCAGUAACAUUUAAAAAAAUUAUUACCCUGAUGAUACAAAUGGAACUGCAAAAUUUUGUGAAAUGUUAGAUAGUUUUUUUGAUUGCUUAAAUGUGCGAAACAGCAGUGAAGGGAUAAUGAAACGCAAACCAUUUUUAUUACCAUACACGUAUGUUAAUGACGAGCGUUUGACAUGGCUACAGAAUACAUUUUUAUGCUAUCUAGAAAAAUGGAAAGAGUGUAUUAUUAAUCGUCCUGGUAACUUUUCCAACAAUGCAAAAGGAAGAAUGUUUAUCUCUUGGCAAACAUACGAAGGACUUCAAAUAACUGUAAUGUCUGUUAUCGAAUUGGUAAAAUUUUUAUUAAAAAGUGGUAUGCCGUUUGUUUUGACUGAAAAAUUCAAUCAAGACGUUUUGGAGGAAUACUUUGGUAGACAACGGAGUUUAGGUCGAAGAAAUGACAACCCUACACUAUAUCAAUUUGGUUACCAGUCAAAUACCUUGCGAUUGCAAAGAUCAAUUGCGCCGGUUACUGGAAAUACUAAAGGUGGUCAUGGUCAAAAACGUGAAGUAUCUUGGAGUGUUGUUGAUAAUGAAAAAUUAC